AUGGAGAAGCAUAUGUUGCAUCAUAGUGAAAUUCACAAAGACAAUGUUAUGUUUGAGUUAGAAGAGGGUACUGAACUUGCAAAAUUUCUGGAAUAUUAUAUUCAACAGACAGGAAGUUACAGUUGCUUAAAACAGGAUAUAGAUUUGUUGAGAAAAAGAACCUUACAAAAUCCCAUUGAAGAUUUGCCUCUCGGAGAGAAGAAAAUUUUGUUGGAAUGCUUAAGAAGGGAAAAUAUUCCAAUUCAUGUUUCUGAAAGUGACUAUGCAUCCAGUACUUGGUUUAGCAAGUACGAAGAGCUUUUUUCACAAUUGUCAAGAGUUCCCAGGAGGUACCUAAGAAAAGAAAGAAAUCAAUUUUGCCCCAAAAAGGCUCCAGUUCCGUCCCUCGCUCCAUGUCCAGUCCCUGCAACUGUUCCGUCUCUCGCUCCCUCUCCAGGUCCUGCAGCAGUUCUAAUGCUCAUUCCAUCUCCAGGUCCUGCAACUGUAUGACCAGUUUAUGCUCCAGUUCCUUCUAUUGAAGUGCCCUGUAGCUCUCCUCCAACUGUGCAGCCUCCUGUGUUAAAACCUCCUGCAAAGCCUCAAAAACUUCGAACUCAUACCAAUUCUUCAAAACCUUUGCCUGUUAAUCUUUCAGAUAAACUGCAAAAUGGUCCUCAUUCUAAGGGAGAUAAUCAGCAGCAUCGAAAUUAUUUAAUUGCUGCAGUGGCUGGUUGUUGUAAUUCUGUUGCAGGAGUUUCCUUUUUAGCUCUGUUGAUAUUAUUUUUUAAGAAUAAGAAGAAAGAAGUAGUCCAGAUGACGGGCAAAGGGAUGGAAACCGUAUCUGACUUUGAAUGCGGGUUCUUCUCUAAAUGUCAAGAGUGCAGUGCUGUUAAUGAUGCUUAUCCUCAUAAAUCUUCCGAAGCAGACGCGGAACUGUCAAAACCUGAGAUGAAUGCAAAUGCUCAUGCACCAUUACCACUUCCUUCAGGAACUCCACCUCCAGCUCCAUCUCCUGGUCCUCCACCCCCUCCUCCUAAACCACCUGCUCUGAACCCACCUCCACUUCCAAAAGUUUGCCCUCCUAAUCCACAAAAAAAAAACCCUGGUAAUUCGCCGAAGCCUUUACCUCUUGGAGCACAUCAGAGAGGACGUUCUUCUGAGACUGGGGAAAGGGACUCAUUGGGUGAAUCUGAUGCUCCUAACAAAUUAAAACCAGCGUUUCGGGGCAAGUUUCUUGCGAACCCUGACCACUCUAUGGUUUGGCAUGAAAUUCAAGCCAGCUCGUUUCAGUUUAGUGAGGAUAUGAUAGAUUUUUUGUUUGGAUAUAUACCAGGAUACCAAGGGAAAGAUAAUCGAAGAAAAGCUUCCUCGUCCUUAGACCAAACAUCAAAGUGUAUUCAGAUUAUUGAUCAUAAGAAAUCACAAAAGCUAGCAAUUCUUCUCAAAGCCUUAAAUGUGACAACAUCAGAAGUUUAUGAUGCUCUCGAAGAAGGUUAUGAGCUACCUCCUGAACUCAUAUGAACUCUCUUGAAGAUGGAACCAACAACGAAUGAAGAACUAAAACUCAGACUAUUUCCUGGAGACAUUUCUCAGCUCGGUCCUGCUGAACGUUUCUGUAAGUCCAUGGUUGCUAUUCCAUUUGCAUAACAGGUGGAAGCAUUGCUGCUCAUGUGUUCUCUUCAGGAAGAAGUUUCAUCCAUUAAAGAGUCCUUCACAACCUUAGAGUUUUUCUCUGUCGAUUCUCUGCUUGGUGGUUUGCCAACUAUACAUUUCUUCAACUACUUUUUCUCUAGUGAAGAUAUUCUGCAGCGCAUGAAUGUGCACUUAGAUACUCCUUUUAAGUGUGUGCAUGUCUUCACACUUGCAUUUAUCAUCAUUCAAUCAAAACUAUAUUUCAAUUCUGAAACCAAUAAGCUUCCUUAUUUGGCUCUCUCUCUCUCUCUCUCUCUGUCAUACCUUUUUCCUGGAGAAAACAUUGUUGGAGUGGGUAAUGAGUCACCAAGAUUACUUUGUGCACCUGUAUCAGAUUUAGACAUACCAACUGGAUUAGCAAGUUCAGAAGGAGGUUUGAGGUUGAUGAGGUCGUCGGAAAUAGUCCUUGAGAAUUGGAGGUGGAGCUGGGUUGGAAAAGUUGGAAUGUUGUUACGGCCUUCUUAUUUUCCGUAUUAG